AGCCGCGCCGCCGUCACACCCCGACUCGAUAAACCCUUCCGCGCUGUGCCUCCGCGGCUCUCCCCUUCUUCCUCCUCCCGCUCCCACCCGCUCCACCCCCCGCCGCUCAAAACCCUAACCCUAGAUCGCGAGGGCCGGCUGACAUGGCCAGCAAGUUCGGGCUCGCCGGCGGAAUCCCGGAGCGGCGGGUGCGGCCGAUCUGGGACGCCGUCGACUCGCGACAGUACAAGUCCGCGCUCAAGCUCUGCACCGCGCUCCUCGCCAAGCACCCCACCUCACCCUACGCCCUCGCUCUCAAGGCUCUUACUUUGGAAAGGAUGGGAAAGCCUGAUGAAGCACUGAGUGUCUGUUUGGAAGCCAAGGAGCUAUUGUACUCGAAUAACAUUUUCCAUUUUGACGAUCUCACCCUUAGCACACUACAGAUAGUGUUUCAAAGGCUUGAGAGAUUGGACCUUGCAACUUCAUGCUAUGAGUAUGCUUGUACAAAAUACCCUAAUAACUUGGAAUUAAUGAUGGGACUCUUUAAUUGCUAUGUCAGAGAGUACUCAUAUGUGAAGCAACAACAGACAGCGCUUAGAAUGUACAAAACUGUAGGAGAAGAAAGGUUUUUGCUUUGGGCAGUCUGCAGCAUUCAACUGCAGGCAUAUUUUAGCAGCGGAGGUGAGAAAUUGUUAGCAUUUGCUGAAGCAUUGCUUAAAAAGCACAUAAGUUCACAUAGUUUACAUGAGCCAGAAGCACUUUCUCUCUAUGUUUCAAUUCUGGAACAACAGGCAAAGUAUGAUGCUGCUUUGGAAGUUCUAUCUGGAGACUUGGGCUCUCUUAUGGGAAGGGAGGAGGACAAGCUUCGUUUGCAGAGAGGUCGGGGUAGACCAAACUUGACAAUGGGAGGAUCUGAAGGACUGGAAUAUCACCAAAGAUUUAGCCAUGGACAGGGACGCCUUCUUACUCAAGCGUGUAACUAUGUGGCUGCUUCUGAGAUAUAUCAGAAGGUUCUUGAAUCUUGUCCUGAUGACUGGGAGUCCUUUCUCCAUUAUUUAGGCUGUCUGCUGGAGCGUGACGUGAAGCUGCCUAAACCAACCACUGGCGAACAUACUUGUUCUUCCUGCUCUGUAGAUUCGAACAAGACUUCUCUCAGUGAGGAGGUGGUCGAAUCUCGCCUUGCAAGUGCAUUGUUAUUUGUGCAAAAGCUACAAAAAAAUGACUCCAGUGACUCUGUUAGAGGUCCUCAUCUAGCCAAUAUUGAAAUUGAACGGCAACACCGCCUCAGUGGAAACUCAACAAAGUUUAUGGAAGCUUUGGUAAACUAUUUCCACAGAUUUGGUCACUUGUCUUGCUCAUCGUCAGAUGUUGAAAUAUACCUCCACAUGCUAUCGGGUGAUGAAAUAACGGAGUUGCUAGAUACAAUUUCCAGAUCUUUUGAUGCAUCAUCCGUUUCAGUAAAAGCAUUGGGUUUGACAAUAACUACUUUUAAGGUUCAAGAACUUUUGGGAACUUUAUUAUCAAAGUCAACUACAGAUCUUCAGCGCAUUGCAAAAGGAAUGGUUGAGACAUUUUACAAAAACUUGCCUCUCUCAAGAGACUUAGAUCCUCAGGAAAGCAUGCAUGGAGAAGAACUGCUGUCUAUGGCUAGCAAUAUUCUUGUGCAGCUUUUUUGGCGUACAAGGAAUUUGGGGUACUUACUUGAAGCAGUUUUGGUGCUAGAGUUUGGAUUGACUGUUCGCAAGCAUGUCUGGCAAUACAAGAUUACUCUGGUGCAUCUGUACUCUUACUUGGGAGCUCUUCCGUUAGCACAUCGAUGGUAUGUAAGCCUGGAGGUCAAAAACAUUCUUCUAGAAUCCGUCUCACACCACAUCUUGCCACAGAUGUUGAGUUCUCCUUUCUUGCAACAAACUGCCAGUCUUGUGAAGGAUUAUCUUAGGUUCAUGGAUGAUCAUUUGAAAGAAUCUGCUGAUCUUACCUGUCUUGCAUAUAGGCACCGUACUUACUCAAAGGUAAUUGAAUUUGUGCAGUUCAAAAAUCGCUUGCAACGCUCCAUGCAGUAUCUUGCUGUAAAAUCUGAUUCUGUAAUACUGAGCCUGAAGCAGAAGUCUGAGUCUCUUGAGGAAGUGGAGUCUGUUCUUGAAAAUGUGAAUCAUGGAGAAGGCUUGGUUGAUCUAUCAAGUGAAGACAACAUGAAACAUUUAACUUUUAAUGAAGAUCUCGAGGCACGCCCUUGGUGGACACCAACAACCAGUGUAAAUUUUCUUUCAGAACCAAUUGAUGAAAGUUCGACACCUGCGUGCUUUAGGGCCGAAGUGUGCAAGCACAAAUCUACUGAGAAGGAUGGCCCUAAGAUGAGAGAUGCUGAGAGAAAAUGUCUUGUCCCCCAGCUUGUUUACCUUUCCAUGCAUGGUUGUGUAUCUUCCCUCAGGGAGACUGAGCCCAACGGGUCUGUUUCUGAUAUCACUGUUGGGGAAAUGAAAACCUUACUUGAGAAAUAUGCUAGGACUAUUGGCUAUUCCAUGGAUGAUGCUCUAAGCAUGAUUCUUGGUAUAUCUUCAGGCAAGAAGUCUAUGAAGGAUUUUGCUCCUGAUAUUGUGAGCUGGAUGAGUUUUGCUGUAUUUAUUAAUGCAAUGAACUUGUGGUCAAAUGAAUCAGUGAUCCCCAGAACUGAUCCGAGCAGCCCAAGUUCUUGGGAGAUUGUGGACAGCUUAGUGAAAAUUUGCAUAGAGGAGCACCUGACUGAUGCCAAUAGAAUCCUGACUUGUCCUGGAAAUAAAAUUCCACUAUUAGUGCAAAUGGUUACAGAACCCAUUUCUUGGCAUCUCAUCAUAAUCCAGUCCUGCAUGAGAGUGGUGGCCCCGCAAGGAAAGAAGAAAAAGAAAAGUGGCCCAUCGCUGCGACCAAACAUGCCUCAGUUGCAAGGAAUUCAAAGAUCUGUUCAGUGCUUGAUUGAAACACUCCGAAGUGUCCAAAAAUGGUUAUCUGAUCAGAUGAGUCUAGAGGAGCAAGGUUUGGAUAUCUUAAUGUCAUAUUUGCAAGGAACUGGCGAUGAAGGUCCAGGACAGACAUUCAGAGUCUUGGAAGAGAAACCAGCAGCACAUGCCUCUGAGCUUGGUGAUCGAAUUGCUCAGUCUCUGGAAGCAUGGAGUUCUACUGGUGUGGUAAGAAGAAUUGUUGGAGCAGAACAUGAGGUGCUAGCCGAGUUCAAGAAAAUGGUCGACUCUAAACUCAAGCUGCUCAUGUCAGAAUCCGCUUCUCUAUCUUCGGUGUUACACUAGAGUUGAUGAAAUUUUGCACAUGAAUUUUGUUCUAUUCUUGUUGUGGCGUUCCAUUAUACAUAUGUUGUAACAGUAUAACAGAAUGUCUGUGCGCUUUUGUUGUUUGACUUUCUUCUAUUCGAUUGAGGACAUCUUUUUUCCCUUUGCUUUUGUGUCUCUGCUCCUGAUUUGGUAUUGUGGUAUAGUUAUUGUAUUACUCCAAUUUGAUUUGGUGCAAUAUAAAACGACGCAUUCCAUUUU